CCUCUAUAAGACUCCAUGCCCUCCUCCGCCCCCACAUACCACUCCGACAUACUCUCUCAGACUCAUACACACUGAGACGCUGACUACUCUUCAGAGACAUGUCUUUCCUCUCAGGCAUUUUGGGUGACUCGGCUGACAAAUAUGUGGACCAGGCAGUGGAUACGGCAGCUAAAGUUGCCAAAGAAAAGGUGAAGAGCAUGCUUGGAGGGGAUGAUUCAAAGAAGGAGGAGUCCAGCGGGGGCAGCAGUGGGGGUAUUGGAGGAUUGUUUGGAGGAUCAAAGGAUGACGACAAGGGCAAAGACAAAGAGGGAGGCGGCUUCGGAAGUCUCUUCUCUGGCAAGGAUGAGAAAGAAGAGUCAAGUACUGGAGCAGGUGGGGCCGGAGGAGGUAACAGAGACCUGACAGACACACUGGGAGAAAUUGCAGGAGAGAUGUCUGGUGAGAGUGAUGACAAAUCUAAGGACAACAGCGCCGCAGACCAAGUGCUGUCAUUUGGGAAAAGUCUCUUCGGCUGAGUCAGACUUUGAAGCGGUUUCUCUUCUUCUCAUUGUCAGUCAGACCUCUGGUUAUAGCCUAUGAAGAAUAUAUUAUUUUACCAUCAUAAUCUAUUACUGUCACUAUGCUACAUUGUGUAAUGUUAAUGUUAUGUAUUAUAUUUGAAAAAUAAAUAAAAAUGUUUAUUUCAAAAGUC